CUGGUCUUGGAGUUUUUCCUACUACUUGUCCAUGUGAAAGAUCCAUUCGACCCAUUAUGGCUUGGACAAGCUCUAGUGAGGUGUUCUCACCCACAUCAAGUCAUCACCACCUUUGACACCAGAAAGAGUGGUGGGUAUGAUCUCAACCUUUUUGCCAGCCCUCCUGACUGCAAGUUCCUAUGCUCCAUCUGCCAUGCGGUUCUCAAGAGGCCAGUGAGGUUGCCAUGCAGCCACAUCUUCUGCAAAAAAUGCAUCCUUCAGUGGCUAGCCAGACAAAACACCUGUCCAUGCUGCAGGAAGGAGGUGAAAAGAAGAAAGAUGGUCUAUGUGAAUAAACUCCAGAAAACCAUUGGCCAUCUAAAAGUCAAGUGCAAGAAUGCUGAAGCUGGCUGCUUGGUGACAUGCCCCCUGGCCCACCGCAAGGGGCAUCAAGACUCAUGCCCAUUUGAGCCAAUAGCCUGCCCCAACGAAGGCUGCUCUGCCCAGGUGUCGCGUGGUACCCUUGCUGAGCAUAGGCAGCACUGCCAGCAGGGUGGCCAGCAGCACUGCCCUUUGGGCUGUGGGGCCACCUUGGGCAUGACAGAGCUUGCUCAUUAUAACUGCUACCUCAAGCUGCGGGAGUCCUGGAGUGAGCGACAGGAGCGCAGCCAGAGGCUGCUGCAGGGACUACUGCGACGUGUACGCCGAGUGCACCGUACUUCCAGUCUCAUACGCAAACAACUGGCCCAGCUCAGCCACCUCCUGGAAGACAAUGCCAUGCGUGAAGCUAACACACCCACAGAGGGCAGUGUUGGAGCUGAGGCAUGGGGAGUGCAGGGCCAAGGUUCCUUGGAAAUAGAGGGGUAAAUAAAUGUGGGGUCCAGGCCUGACCUACCUUG